CAAACUCCACAACUUGUCUCUCGUUCUCGCAUAAGAAAAACCGCUCAACUUCAUAUGACGCCGAGAUAGAAAGACAAAUCCAAGUUCAUUUUUUUCAAUACAACCAUUUAUACGUUCAUAUCACACACACAUAAUAUAUGUAGCACUGGCAUUAGCAGCAGUUCUAGUAGUAGUUUUCUUCUUCUUCUCUAUUUUAAUUUAACAAUAAUAAAAAAAGAAAAAUAAGAAGAACUAGGGUUAGGGUUUUGUUGUUGUAAUAAUCCGCUUUUCAAUGGCGGAAGACGAAGAAUCUAUGAAUAACCCUAUCAUCAUGUCCGACCAGCAAUUGACUGCCACGUCAGCGGUAGUAGUUGAGAGAGAUACGGGUUUGUCGGUGGGCCCACUAGUGGGAGAAGAAUCAGAGGUUACUGGUGGUGCUGAGGCGGGCCCACCCAUGAGAGAAUCAACGGCUGGUGAUGCUGACGAAGUUGAGGCGGUUACUGAGACGAUAAAUGAGGAGAAUGAAACAGCGAUGGAGAAAGCUGAGGUGGCAGAGGCAGUGAACGUGACUAAGGGCGAAACGGACACUUGUAUGCCAGGUGGUGAUGAGAAAGUGGUUAUGGCUAGAAAUGAGAAUGAUGGAAUUGUGGUUAGAAAUGAAAAUAUGGAGGAAAAUAUAGCGGUGUUGGAGAAAGACGAGGUGGCAGUGAACGCGAGUAAGGGCGAGACGGACAGUUGUAUGACAGGUGGUGAGAAAGUGGUUAUGCCUAGUGAUGAAAAAAAUGAGAAUGUGGCUAGCAAUGAUAAUAUGGGGGACACCGAGAAUGUUGAAACAGUUACAGAGGCAGUGAAUGCGGCCAAGGGCGAAGCAGACAGUUGUGUUGGUGAUGAUGAGAAAGUGUUUAAUGAAAAUGAGAAUGAUGGAAUUGUAGCUAGAAAUGAUAAUAUGGAGGAUACCAAGAAUGGCAAAACAGUGAUUAUAGAAGCAAAUGUUUCAACUGUUGAAGGUAGUGUAGGUUUAGGGAAAGAUGGGGAAAACCCCGUGGAGGCAGCUAACCGCGAGGAAGUGGGAGUUCCUCCCAUUGUGCUAGAAAAGGAAGACGAAGCAAUGGGAACUGACCAUGUAACUGGUAACACCGAGAAAGAUGAUGAAAUGGUGUCACAGGUAGAUAUUUCAGUGGAGAAAGAUGUCGAAAUGGAUACAAUGAAGCAUGAAGAAGUGGAACCUGUUCCUCUAGAUGAGGAGGAGGACAAAGGGACGGGUGCUGAGGACGAGGUUGCUAAUGGGGAGAAAGUGGUCGUGACUCGAAACGAGGAAGAUGAUGAGAUGACGACACGGGUAGAUAUAUCAGCUGUUGAAGCUGGAGUAGAAUCAGAGAAAGAUGUCGAAAUGGAUAGCAAAAAGAAUGAAGCAGUGGAACCCGUUCCUCUAGAUGAGGACAAAGGCACGGCUGCGGAGGACGAGGCUGAUAAUGGGGAGAAAGUGGAGGAAGAUGACGAAAUGGUGACACGGGUAGAUACUUCAGCUGUUGAAACUGGAAUAGAGUCGGAGAAAGAUGUCGAAAUGGACACAGUGAAGGAUGAAGAAGUGGAACCCGUUGAAGGGACGGGUUCAAAAGACGAGGGUGCUAAUGCAACUACUACUGAAAUGGAUACAAUGAAGUAUGAAGAAGUGGCACCCGUUCCUCGAGAUGAGGAGGAGGACGAUGAAGGGACGGGUGCUGAAGAUGAGGCAGCUAACGCAACUACAACUGAAAUAGAGACUGAAAAUGAAAUGACUGAAUCAGGGAAAUCAUCUGGAGGAAAGAGGAAGAGGAAGAAUAAUACUAAGAGUACUGGGAAGUCCAAGUCUGGAGGAAGAGCUUCAAGUAGGAAGGCUAUUGGAGAGGAUGUUUGCUUCAUUUGCUUUGAUGGAGGGGAUUUGGUGCUAUGUGACCGUAGGGGUUGUACCAAAGCAUAUCAUCCUUCGUGUAUUGAUAGGGAUGAGGAGUUUUUUCGUGCCAAGGGUAAAUGGAAUUGUGGUUGGCAUCAGUGUACUAUUUGUCAGAAGAAUGCCACCUAUUUGUGCUACACAUGUACAUUUUCAUUAUGCAAGGGGUGCAUCAAAGACGAUGUCAUCCUAUGUGUAAGAGGAAACAAGGGCUUUUGCAAGAACUGCAUGAAUACUGUCAAGCUAAUAGAAGGCCUUGGUAAAGAAGACAAUGAUGGUCCGAUAGAUUUUGAUGACAAGAGUAGCUUUGAGUAUCUGUUCAAGGACUACUUAAUGGAUUUAAAAGCGAAGCUAUCUUUAUCUUCAGAUGAAAUUGCUGAUGCCAAAAGUCCUCGGAAGGGUGCCGAUGUGUCAGCUUCUAAACAAGAACUGGCUGAGGCACAAUUUGACAAUAAUGAUGAUGCAGGUUCUGGUUCAGAUGCUUCCAUUGAGACAUUGGAAGCUAGUAAAACUAAAAGAAGAAAGCUAAGAAAACGUUCAAAAUCUCUCAAAAAGGAAGAGGACGCCACAACUACGGCUGUUACUAGUAGCGAAGGUUUCUCCACCGCUGGCACCACUGAGUGGGCAUCAAAAGAGCUGCUUGAAUUUGUUAAGCACAUGAAAAGUGGUGACGCUUCUGUUCUUUCUCAAUUUGAUGUGCAAGCUCUGUUGCUCGAAUAUAUCAAAACAAACAAACUGCGUGAUCCUCGUCGUAAAAGUCAAAUUAUAUGUGAUUCAAGACUUGAAAGCCUAUUUGGAAAACCACGUGUUGGGCACUUUGAGAUGUUAAAACUACUUGAGUCUCAUUUUCUUAUGAAAGAGGAUUCUCAGACGGAUGAUGUUCAAGGUAGUGUAGUUGAUACAGAAUUUAACCAGUUUGAAGCUGAUGCAAAUGCUGACACUCCUACAAGGGGAGUCAAAGACAGGAAACGUAAGCGUAAGAAAGGUGAAAACAGGGGACCUCAAUCAAAUCUUGAUGAGUAUGCGGCUAUUGAUGUGCAUAACAUCAGCUUAAUUUACCUACGAAGAAAGUUGGUGGAGGACCUUCUUGAAGAGGAUGACAAAUUCCAUGAUAAAGUAGUUGGAACCUUUUUGAGAAUACGAAUUUCUGGUAACGUUCAGAAGCAAGACCUUUAUAGGCUGGUGCAAGUUGUAGGUACAAGCAAAGCUGCUGAACCAUACAAACUUGGCAAGAGGACAACUGAUGUUGCGCUGGAGAUCUUAAAUCUGAACAAGACAGAGGUUUUAUCAAUUGAUACGAUCUCAAAUCAAGAUUUCACAGAGGAAGAAUGCAAGCGCCUGCGCCAGAGUAUAAAAUGCGGACUCAUUAAUAGACCAACAGUGGGUGACAUUCUUGACAAGGCCAUGGAAAUACAUGCAGCAAGAGUUAAUGAUUGGCUGGAAUCAGAGAUACUCCGUCUCAGUCAUCUUCGUGAUCGUGCAAGUGAGAAAGGGCGCAAGAAGGAACUUAGAGAAUGUGUAGAGAAACUACAGCUCUUGAAGACUCCUGAUGAGCGUCACCGUAGACUUGAGGAAGUUCCAGAAAUACAUGCGGAUCCAAAAAUGGACCCAAGCUAUGAGUCUGAGGAUGAGGACAGUGAAAGUAACGAUAGACGAGAUUCUUAUAUGAGGUCUAGAGAGUCAAGCUUUGGCCGGAGAGGACGUGGACCAAUUUCUCCGAGAAGCAACUUUCCUCCGAAAGAUUCCUGGGGGGCUGCAGGAAAAUCUUCUUCAAAGAACUUUGAACUGAACAGGAGUUCCUCUGGUAAAAACAUUUUGAGCAGAAGUGAAGAUGGUGUGCAUCCUGGAGGGGGACUGAAUGAAGAUACAUGGAUUGAAGGAAGAGACAGGGAGACUGAAUCUAUGAAUCUAGAGAAGCCGACUUCUGCUGCUAAUUCUGAGCCAAGUGGACGUAAUAGUCAAUUUUUGUCAAGAACAGAGCCGUUUUCUGGUGCAUCAUCGGUAUCUUCUCCAGUUACACUCCAGAGCAAGGUUGCUGAAACUUCCAUCAAGAUCAACGAAGCUGAAAAAAUGUGGCAUUACAAGGACCCUGCUGGUAAAAUACAGGGACCAUUUUCUAUGGUCCAGUUGCGUAAAUGGAGCAAUACAGGAUACUUCCCUACUGAUUUGAAAAUAUGGAAAUCUACGGAUACGCAAGAGGAAUCUAUUCUUUUGACUGACGCAUUGGCAGGGAGGUUUGAGAAAGCGCCAUCAGCAGUUGACAAUAUACUUUCAACAACUCUUCUGCAAAAUCAAAAUGGAGAGAGACCUCAAGUCGACCAGAAUGUUGGAUCUCACAAUUCUCGUCGUUUGGUUCCCUCUGGUGGUGGAAUGACUUCUUCUGGUGAUGUUUCUGCUCUUUCUACAGAGAGGUGGAGUAAUAAUGAUUCUUCGAAUCUCCCAUCUCCUACUCCCAAGCAGAAUACUGCCGGUUGGGUUGGAGGAGAUGGGCCUUCUGUUACAGUUGCAAAUUCAUAUUCUAGUGGCAACAAAGUUCUCCAAUCUCCUCCAGCUCUACCAGAUGAUGGGGUUAAUACUUCUUCUGUUCAAAAUUUUGGUGGUCAUUCAGUUAGGGGAUCGGAAAAUAAUUAUGUGAAUUCGGGUAGUGAUUUUGGUUCAGUGCCUACUUCUGAACAGGUAAUUGCUGUACAGUCCGGAUAUUCUUUGCAAAAUGCUCAAUCAUUUGCAGCUAGUGAACAACAGACGGCACUGUUGAAUAGCCAACCUGGUGCACAACAUACAGCUCUCCCGUCACAAUCUCUUAAUAUGCAGAACCCUGUUUUGGCACCAGGACAGCUCCAGGGACAUGGUAACUGGGGUACUACGCCGUCUCCUGUUCAGAGUCUCGCUGGAAAUUUUCCAAAUGCAGGUGGCUCAGUUUUGCCUCAAUCUGAUUAUUGGAGUGCACCAGCUCAAGGAAGCCAACAGAACACACAGCAUACAACUGUGCCUACUGUUCCAUGGGGUGCUGGUUUGCAAGAGAAUAUGAGUUCUGCUUCAGCGGUAAGACCUGAAAAUAACACUGGCUGGGGUAUGGUACCUGGAAAUCCAAAUGUGGGCUGGGGUGGACCCGUACCAGCAGUCAUGAAUGUAAACUGGGGAGCAGCUGUUCAAGCAAUGCCUCCAGGCAAUGUAAAUCCUGGUUGGGCUCCUACUGGGCCACUUCCUGGGAAUUCGAACCCCGGAUGGGUUGCACCAUCUGGGAACUCUGUUGGGAAUGCUAAUCCAGGUUGGGUCGUUCCAACAGGGAGCGUGGGAUCAACUAUUCAAGGGCCUACAUCUGGUAAUGGGUGGCCUAUGAUGGGAACUGGAAAUCCUGGAGCACUUGCCCAAGGACAACCUCAAGGAGAUUCAAAUCAAGGUAGGGGUACACCUACUGGGAGUCGGGGGACAAGAAGUAAUGAUCACCAUCAAGAUGGGAGAUUCUCUGGUCAGAGGGACAAGGGUUCUCAUGGUAGUAAUUCUGGUUACAAUAGUAGGAACUGGGAUAGGCAAUCGUCUUUUGGGAAUAGAGGGCCUGGAGGUUCAUCUAGAGGUGGCUACAGGAAGAAUGUGCCCUGCCCAUAUAAUACAAAUGGUCGUCGAUGUGUAAAGGGUUCUAGAUGCAAUUAUAUUCAUAGCUAAUCUGGAGGAACUAGUAGUAGUAGUAGGAGAAAAGUGAUUUUGUACAGUGAUUUCGUCUCAGUUUUUUUGGUAUAUGGGUCAUUUUGGUGUUCUAUAAUUAAAACUUGUGCAGAUCAGUAGUUCAGUUGUCAUCUGAUCUGAUGCAAUUUUUCCGAUA